AUGUCGAACUACGCAAGUUGGGGUCCUACCUCACAACAUCAACAACGACUGCCUCCUACGCCACCAGACUAUCAAGGCGACUACAACAUGGCUGAUGCUACAUACUAUCCUGCUGCUGGCUUCCAUUCUAGACACAAUUCGACCAGAGAGCGCAGCGAUCGCUACCAUCAGGCAUCCUCGUACAGCACACAGCCAACAAUUCACGGCCACCCGCGUGCGCACCACAUGUCUUACGAUAGCUACACUCACGGCCAUCAUGCCUAUCAGUACGCUGCCGCACCCGCACCGACAGUCCUCCCACCCAUCCGGAAUCCCAUGGCCAUUGAUCCGUACAUGUAUGGUCAUCAUGAGAAGAAGGAGGACAAGCCAACUGGAGGAGUCGCACAACACCUUGAUUACGAAAUGGACGUCAUGGCCUCCUUUGUGUCUGAGAUGGCUCAAAAGCUAAUAAUUCCUGGCUCUGAGCCUCCAAGAGAGUUUCGCAAGUAUGUAUCGCAGAUUCUCUCGUCGACACGGCUUCCCAGCUCCACCAUCAUGCUCGGUCUCUUCUACCUUGCCACACGCAUGAAGAUAGUCAAAGAGCUUGGUCACGACGUGUCUGGCUCGGGCAUCGUUUACCGCAUGCUCACGACAUGCCUUCUGUUGGGCUCGAAGUUCUUGGACGAUAACACGUUCCAGAACAAGUCAUGGGCCGAAGUCAGCAGUAUUCCGGUCGUGGACCUGAACCUCAUGGAACUUGAUUGGCUUCAGGGUUUCAAUUGGGAAAUCCACAGCCUCAUGUACAAUGAGCAGGAGAACUUCUUUGACUGGAUUCAUCACUGGAAAGACUACGAGAAGAGAGCCAAGAACAUCAAGGUGAAGGAGAUGCACAAACUGGCUCCCAUCGAGACCAAGUUUGCACCGCGAUAUUCCCACCAACACCCCAUCAUGAUGUCGCCCGAAGGCCCGAUACCAACUCAGUACCAGCAGAGCCCCCAGUACGACACACAAUGGGCUCGUCAUUACAUGCAAGAGUACUCGCCGCCGUCUGCUCCUCAUAGCGGGCCAGCUACUCCGGAAUACUAUCCUCAUUCUCAGCAGUGGUCAUAUCCCUCUGCCAACAACCUUCGAUUCACCCCUUAUGGCAACACAUAUCCUGGGUACGGUCAUCAACAGAACCAGUGGGCCCACGCCAUCAACUGCGGAUGCGGAACUUGCGCCAAAGGUUCUGACUUCUACUUCCAUGGCAGCUAUCCAGUCCAGACGGUGGUUGGAUAG